GAGCACCUUUAAGGAGUGCAGAAAUCUGUGAAAGGAGGAGUUGGGGAAAAGGACACCGCUCCUUUUAGAGUCUGUGUAACAGAACUGAUAAGCUAUUCCUGUGAUGUGAUCGAAUGUGACUGAAUACUGCAGGCUCUUGGACUCUUAUUCUAUAAAAUCCACAUCAGAGCAGCACAGGAAAAGAUUGGAGAGAACAGCUUCUGCUGUACUGGGAAAGAUGCUGGAGAGCUCUUCAGUCCUUUUGUUCAUUGUCUUCAUCCUGCUUUUCAUUCUGCUGCUCUUCGUGGUGCUUAUCAGGACAAAUGCAACUCUUGCCAUUCUCUGGAAUGAAAUAAUCCGGGAGAAAAUAACCAAUUUCAUCAUGAACCAGAGCAAAGAACAGAGGAUUUUGAACUUCGUGCUGCAGAAUGCAGUCCGAGGAGACCCCCGUAGUGUGGUGGACACUAUAGAUAAGUACUGCUCCCAGAAGGAAUGGGCCAUGAAUGUGGGCAAUGAGAAAGGCUUAAUUCUGGACAAGACAGUGGAAGAGGUCAAUCCAUCAGUUGCGCUGGAGCUGGGAACCUACUGUGGCUACUCAGCAGUUCGGAUUGCUCGGCUGCUGAAGGCAGGAGCUCGCCUUCUCACUGUGGAGUUCAACCCAGCAUUUGCUGCUAUAGCUAAACAGAUGAUUGAGUUUGCUGGAGUACAAGAUAAGGUAAAAAUCCUAGAAGGGCCUUCAGAUGAAAUUAUCCCCCAGCUGAAGAAAAAAUACGAAGUGGAUACUCUGGACUUUGUCUUCCUGGACCACUGGAAAGACAAAUACGCACCAGACACCAUUCAGAUUCAGGAAUGCAACUUGCUGAGGAAGGGCUCUGUUCUUCUGGCUGACAAUGUCAUCGUCCCAGGAGCUCCAGAAUUCCUUAACUAUAUCCGCAACAACCCCCGUUUCCAAUGCACUAACUACCCAUCUCAUCUGGAAUAUAUGAAGGUGGAGGAUGCUAUGGAAAAGGCUGUGUUCUUGGGAUAAAGAGAGCCAGUACUGCUCAACCUUUGUUUUAAAUGACAUAAAUGCAACUGCACAGAUUAACUUGUCCAUGCUUUACAUUUGGGGGGUUUUGUAUUUUGGAGCCUGUAGUUAAAGCAAGUGCUAGUGGAGAUCAUUUUAGACCAGGUGAAAACCAAGGUCAGGGUUAAGUAGGGUAACUGCCCAGAGGGCUGUGCCAUUGUUUCACAUAAUUCAGCAAGUCCAAGGUGAUGCACAUUGCCUUGCCUUAACCAGCACGUCCAGCAGACACCACACACUGUUACUGUUCUGCUGAGCUCAAACCCCAACAACAAGAGUUUCGGCUUAGGGUGGGGUACGGAAUAUUGCUGCACCGUCUGAAGAUGUGAGUCCCCAGGCUAAACUGAUAACUGUUAUCAAGAAAAGACUAUUGCAGAAGCCUUGAUUCUAGCAUGACACUUAAUGCAGUGAAGGCUCAUAGCAUGGUAUCAGACACGUUUUUGCACAGUGACUGCAAAGUUAAUCACCUCAAGCUAGAGAAAAGGGCAGGCACUGAAAGGAGGCUGACCCAUGCAGUGACAAGAAAACAAGAUCAGAAAUUUGAGAAAGACAAACAUAGCAAAUUAUGCCCAUGCAGAGUUAAGGAAACCUGAGGCAGUAAAUAGGUUAAAAUAAACACAGUAACAGGCAGAAAACAGAAAGAGAAGCCUUUUUUCAAAGGAACACCAGAACUGCCUAAUAUCAGAGACUUGGGAAGAUGCUGUUUAUCCCCUUGUAUUUACUUAUCCCUCAUGGUAUAUACAUAUAGCUUAUGCUUUUAUGGGCAGAGCACUUGCUUACUCUGAAGUGCUGUGUAUGUUUAAGAUGCUGUAUAACAAUAAAGACCAGAGAGAAUGGGUUUUACCAGGGGGGUCCUGCACAUCCUGGUUAACUUCAGUGUUCUAAGCACGGUAUGAAUAGUGAGAGUUAUCACUGAGAAGAUACAAAGCCAAAUCUGAAGUCUCUGAACUCACCUGAACACUGCAACAAUCCCCUGGCAUUUCCUGGCAUGCCCUGCUGUGAUUAUAUGAAGCAAUGGUGGCAUUUAUAAAUAAAAGUGAAAAAAACAA